AUGGCCGAUCUUUCCAGCUUCACCCACAAAUGGAGAGCCACCAUCAAUAACAAUCAGCAGACCAACAAUGACUCUAGGAUCACUAAACGUAAUCGACAACCGGUGUCAUGCCAGCAAUGUCGCGUAAGAAAGCUGAAAUGCGAUCGUGGUCAUCCCUGCGAUGGGUGUACGAAACGCGGUGAAGGACCUGGCUGUGUGUAUGGCAAGCCGUCAGCUAUCUCUUCGACUACCUUGCCCAGGAAGGACGACACGCGGCUAGCAAACCAGAAGGCUCAGGACCGUCUGAAGCAUCUCGAAGAUCUUGUUCGUGGUAUGAUUGAGCCGCCUGCUAAUUUGCCAACGCCUUCAGAAUCGCCACACUCAAGAUCGAAUCAGGAAGACUCCGCAAGCGUGCCACUCGAAGAGGGCACAUUGAGCCGUACACUCAAUGAGGGUGGUUCUUAUACCGGUUCAACUCAUUGGUCCGCCAUUCUGCAGCAUAUCCAUGAGCUUAAGAACGACAUCAGUGCAGACAAUCCAGUGGAAGAGGCAGCAGAUUGUUCCAAGCCUGAUGCACUAUUUGGCGCUGAAAACCCCCCCUCCCUGAACCACGUACUUAGGACAUAUCUUCCAUCAAGGAUAGAGGUUGAUAGACAGAUAUCGCAAUACUUCAAUGCCAAGUACAUGAUCCUUCCGAUAAUUCAUGUUAACCAGUUCCGCCGUCAGUACGAAAAGUUCUGGCAAGAUCCGCUAAGUGCGAAUCCUCUAUGGGUGUCAAUCAUGUUCUCAACCUGUUCCCUCGCAGCAGCACUUAGUUUUGUAUCAAACCAGUCGCCGAGUUUCGACACUGAAGCAGUUCACCCCAAGGACCUGUUCCGCACCGCAGCUGGACAAUGUUUGGUCCUGAGCAACUACUCUAAACCUCAACCAUACGUCGUCGAGGCGCUUGCACUCUUCCUGCAAUGCAAAUAUGCGGCUUCCAUUGAUCCGCAGCGGGAAGUCACGAUAAUGUUUGGCGUUCUCACCAGAUUGUCCUACUUGAUGGGUUAUCAUCGCGAUGCUUCCAGCUUCUCCCACAAAUUCACACCUUUUGAAGGUGAAAUGCGCCGCAGAGUCUGGGCUAUGGUGAAGCAGUUCGAUCUACUUGUUUCAUUCCAAUUAGGUCUUCCAAAUACCGUGGCACCUAAUAGCUGGGAUACACGACCUCCAAGCAAUCUUCACGAUGCUGAUUUCGAUGAGCAUACGCAGGCACUUCCACCUACACGACCGGAGACUGAUGCCACACAGAUACUGUACUUCGUGGUAAAGGCCAGAUUCAUUGAUAUUUACUGCAAUGUUUGCCACCAUGCAAUCUCAUUUCCACCCAAUCCACCAUCCAUGUCAGAUAUAAUGUCUUUGGAUUCUGAAAUCAGAGCACAAGUCGAGAAAAUACCCGAAUGUCUGCGUAUCCGACCAGUCUCACAAUCUAUAACAGACCAAGCACACGAGAUAGUUGUCCGUCUCAAUAUCUCAUUCCUUUGGCAGAAGGCUCUCUGUGUACUGCAUCGAAAAUACAUGAUGUCGGACGGCAACGAAUAUAGCCGCAAGACGUGCAUCGAGACUGCAUCUGCAAUGUGUGAGAGUAUCAUUGACCUCUAUCCUGAGUUUCAGCCUGGUGGCAGGUACCCAGAUAGCGGCUGGAUGCUCACUAGUUUCACGAUAACGGAUUUUUUGCUGGCUAUCAUUAUUCUUUGUCUCGCAUUGUCCAUCAGUCGGAAGAAAUUCGUCCGUGCUGGAGGCCAGGUUCAACAAUGGUUGAUGUUGGACGCCACAAGAGAUGUGCUAGUUAUCUUGGAGAAAUCGCAUGGUAUCUGCAAAGAUUUUGGACAAAAAAGUCGUGAGGCUAUACGUGUCUCCGGUGUUCUGUCCGCAGUACUAGAAAGACUACGAACCUUCAAUCAGGGCUCUACCGUGAUAGCAGGGAAGUUCAGAGCUGAUCUCGGCAUGUUGGAUGCGAUAAUGUCUGAAAAUAGACCUCAUCACACGAAGAGGGGCAUAGACAGGGACAGCGUGAACUUAUCAGGGCUGACUCUUACAGAACAUGUCAAACAGUCCAUCAAUCUCACAGCUAGUCAGUGUCCCCUUCAGCUCCAAGACUGCACUCCAGACCUUCCAUUACUGAAUGAGAGCAGCACAGAAUCCAGUGCCUGGAGCUCUUCACCUUCGGCGACAUUCUUCAGACGCAGUUCACAACAAUUUGAAGGGUACAGCUACGAGCGAUCAAAGUUCUCAGACAUCGCGGCAGCUCCAAUGGGUUUCAACAUGGACACGGAUCCAGCUCUGAGUCCUUUCUCAGGAAUACUCAGUGGGUUCGAAGCCAACAAUUUCAACUCUAUCGACUGGACACAAUUUGAUCAACUUACGGGACCUUUUGAACAAGAUUCUGGAAUUGAUGCAUCGUCUGGACUUGAAUCAGUGGCGAUCGUUGGUGACCAGAAAGCUCUUUCGAAUGAAACUCAAUUUGCGAAUUAUGAGAAUUGGGAAAGUGCCCCUUAUUAUGCCCUUGGAGGAAGAAGCCGAGAUCCUGUGACAGGCGAGAGUCGACCUUCGUAG